CUCUCCCCACCUCUCUCCCAGUACACCGUGGAGGUGCCCGGCAUCACCAUCAUGAGGCAAUCCAACCGCUUCUUCUUCUGCGGCCACACCUCAGGCAAGGUGUCCCUGCGUGACCUGCGCACCUUCGUGGUGGAGCACGAGUUUGACGCCCACUCCGGGAGCCUGUCGGAUUUUGACGUUCACGGGAACCUGCUGGUGACCUGUGGCUUCUCCAGCCGCAUGAAUGGCCUGGCCUGUGACCGCUUCCUCAAGGUCUAUGACCUCCGAAUGAUGAGGGCCACCACCCCCCUGCAGGUCCACAUCGACCCCUUCUUCCUCCGCUUCAUCCCCACCUACACCUCCCGCCUGGCCAUCAUCUCCCAGACAGGCCAGUGCCAGUUCUGUGAGCCCACCGGGCUGGCCAACCCCGCUGACAUCUUCCACGUCAACACCGUGGGGCCGCUCAUCAUGACCUUCGACGUGUCUGCCAGCAAGCAGGCGCUGGCCUUCGGCGACUCCGAGGGCUGUGUCCAUCUCUGGGCCGACUCCCCAGAGGUCACUUUCAACGCCUACUCCCGUGAGACUGACUUUGCCCUGCCCUGCAUGGUGGACACGCUGCCACACCUGGACUGGAACCAGGACCUGGUGCCUCUGUCGUUGAUCCCGGUGCCGCUGACCAGCGACGCGCUGCUCUCCGACUGGCCGGCCGCCAACUCGGCCCCGGCACCAAGGCGAGCCCCCCCGGUGGAUCCCGAGAUCCUGCGCACCAUGAAGAAGGUGGGGUUCAUCGGCUACGCCCCAAACCCCAGGACCAAGCUCCGUAACCAGAUUCCUUAUCGGCUAAAGGAGAUGGACAACGAGUUUGACAACUUCAGCCAAGUCCCCGAGUCCCCGAUUGGGCGUGAGGAGGAGCCACAUCUCUACAGGGUGGCCAAGAAGUACAGGAAGGUCACCAUCAAAUACUCCAAGCUGGGGCUGGAGGAUUUUGACUUCAAGCAUUACAACAAGACGCUGUUUGCAGGGCUGGAGCCCCACAUUCCCAACGCCUACUGCAACUGCAUGAUCCAGGUGCUGUAUUUCCUGGAGCCAGUUCGCUGCCUGGUCCAGAACCACCUGUGCCAGAAGGAAUUCUGCCUGGGCUGCGAGCUGGGCUUGCUCUUCCACAUGCUGGACCUGUCCCGAGGAGACCCCUGCCAGGGAAGCAAUUUUCUGCGGGCUUUCCGCACGAUCCCGGAGGCGUCGGCUCUGGGCUUGAUCCUGGCAGACUCAGAUGAAGCCACGGGGAAGGUGAACCUGGGGAGGCUGAUUCAGAGCUGGAACCGUUUCAUCCUGACUCAGCUGCACCAGGAAACCCAGGAGCAGGAGGGACCCCAGGCCUACCGGGGGGCUGGCAGCAGCAGCUUUGGCUCCUCGGGGGACUCUGUGAUCGGGCAGCUGUUCAGUUGUGAGAUGGAGAACUGCAGCAUGUGCCGCUGUGGGAAGGAGACUGUCCGUGUGUCCUCCACGCUGCUCUUCACCCUCUCCUACCCCGACAGCACCGAAAAACCAGCCAAGGAUUACGAGUUCGCCCAAAUUUUGAAGCGUAGCAUCUGCUUGGAGCAGAACACACAAGCCUGGUGUGAGAACUGUGAGAAGUACCAGCCCACGGUGCAGACCAGGAACAUCCGCUGCCUGCCAGACGUGCUGGUCAUUAACUGUGAGGUGAACAGCUCCAAGGAGGCAGAUUUCUGGAAGACACAGGCUGAGUAUUCCUUUCAGAAAGCCAUGAUGAAGAGAGGAGGCUUUGACAUCACCAAGGGAAAGGAGAUCUCUCUUGGAGACUGGAAGGAUCUGGGGAACCCCGACGUGGGGCAUUCGUAUCCUUCCGUGGAGGAACUGAAGAACAUUUGGAUCCCUCACGCCAUCAAGAUGAGGUUGACCAAGAGCAAAGAGCUCGACGUGAGCAACUGGUGCGAGACUGAUGAGCUCAGCCCAACAGACGACCCCGAGUCCGUGUACGUCUACGACCUCAUGGCCACCGUUGUCCACAUCCUGGAUUCCCGCACUGGGGGCAGCCUGGUGGGGCACAUCAAGGUGGGAGAGACCUACCACCAACGGAAGGAGGGAGUCACACACCAGCAGUGGUACCUCUUCAACGACUUCCUCAUCGAGCCCGUGGACAAGUGCGAGGCUGUGCAGUUUGACAUGAGCUGGAAGGUUCCAGCCAUCCUCUACUACGCCCGGAGGAACCUCAACUCCAAGUACAACCUCGUCAUCAAGAACCCCAUCGAGGCCAGCGUCCUCCUGGCUGAGGCCUCGCUGGCCCGCAAGCAGCGCAAGUGCCACGCCACCUUCAUCCCCCUCAUGCUCAACGAGAUGCCCCAAGCUGGAGACCUGGUGGGGCUGGACGCCGAGUUCGUCACGCUGAACGAGGAGGAGGCUGAGCUGCGCAGUGAUGGCACCAAGUCCACCAUCAAGCCCAGCCAGAUGUCGGUGGCCCGGAUCACCUGCGUGCGUGGGCAGGGUCCCAACGAGGGGGUCCCCUUCAUUGAUGACUACAUCUCCACCCAGGAACAGGUGGUGGAUUACCUGACCCAGUACUCUGGGAUCAAGCCAGGAGACCUGGACGCCAAGAUCUCCUCCAAGCACCUGACCACCCUCAAAUCCACCUACCUGAAGCUGCGUUUCCUCAUCGACGUGGGCGUCAAGUUCGUGGGCCACGGGCUGCAGAAGGAUUUCCGUGUCAUCAACCUGAUGGUGCCCAAGGACCAGGUGAUCGACACCGUGUACCUGUUCCACAUCCCGAGGAAGAGGAUGAUCUCCCUGCGCUUCCUCGCCUGGUACUUCCUGGACCUGAAGAUCCAGGGCGAGACCCACGACAGCAUCGAGGACGCGCGGACGGCGCUGCAGCUGUACCGCAAGUACCUGGAGCUGAGCCCUGCGGGCGCGGAGCCCGAGGAGUUCCGCAAGGUGCUCAAGGGGCUCUACGAGAAGGGCCGCAAGCUGGACUGGAAGGUGCCCGAGCCCGACAGCCAGAGCAGCCCCAAGCACGGGGCCGUGUUCCCGCCGGUGCUGGCCCUGUGACCGGAGCCCCCGCGAGGAGCAGCACCGGCUGCAGACCGGACACGCGUGGAACUGGAACCAGCAGCGGGCCCGGGGCUGUCCCCGACCCGCCCGAUCCCCGCCCCGGGCCCGGCGCCCCGGGGCUCCCCUUUCCCUGCCGGUACCGGGAAGCACUGCCCGACCCCCGCCCCGUUCGCCCGCCGGCCCGGGCGCCCUCAUAAAGCAGCCUCGGACCCCCGUG